UCCAAUAAACAUUGACGUACGCCGCAUAAUUUUCCACAAAGAAGCCAGUGAUAGCGUCGAAAGGUCUACUUAACAGCCAAAAAAAGCUAGUAAUAGGGGAAAAUAUUUAAAGGAUGGGAUUUAAGAAGAAGCACAAAAAACACAAAUCCGAAAAACGCUACGAAGAUGAUGAGCCACCACCAGAGAAGGAAAUACAUGGAGGUGGAAUACGUCUUAAACUGAAGGUCAGCGGAGAAGUUUAUAGUCCACUUCAUGACGCAGCCAGCACAUCAGGAGAGAAAAAACACAAGCACAAAAAGAAGAAAAAGAAGAAGAAGGCUGAGAAAGAAAAGCGCAGACAUGCAGAGGCCUCUAUUCAAGAAACGCCCAAAAGACCUAGACCAGAAUCAGAGGAAGAGGAGGCUUCUCAGGAAGAAGAGGUGGAGCCACCAGCAAAGAAACCCGCUCUGGAGGAAAAGAUUGUAGAACCAAUCAGGGAGGAGCCUCGUACAGUUGGUCGUCCAAGGAAACAGGAAGAGCAUGGCGUUCUUCGUAUCUGUUUGAAACACAUACACAAGAUGCUGCAAAAGAAGGAUGUGAAUGGAUUUUUUGCUUACCCUGUCAAUGACAUGAUUGCCCCAGGCUACUCCAGCAUCAUUCUGCACCCCAUGGAUCUAAGUACCAUGAUGUCUAAGAUUGACAGCCAUCAGUAUAGAAAUGUUGUAGAGUACAAGAAGGAUUUUGUGUUGAUGUGCAAUAAUGCUAUGACGUACAACAGACCAGAAACAAUUUACUACAGGGAAGCAAAAAAACUGCUAAGUAGUGGGAUGAAACUUAUGUCAAAGGAGAAACUAAUUAACAUGAAGCGGACACUGCCAUUCUUGGCCAGUAUGACGUAUGCAGAGCUCGGAGUGGAGGAGCCGGACGAGACGUCAGCGCUGAUGGCGGCCAUUGUGGAGGAGGAGAGACAGGAGAAGGAACGUGCCAAGGAGAGGGAGGAGUUGGGCAGAUUUGAGGCAAUUCCUGACAAUCUCAGCCCUGAGGAAAUUCUGGCCCAGGCCAAGGCUGCUGCUAAGGAUGCAGCUGAUAUGUUAACUCUGAGAGAACCCAAGAGUAGGUUUGGGUUUCUGAGGAGGAGGAAUGAUGGCAGUACUUCUAUGACGUUACUGAAUCCUGACAAUGAUGGCAUCCUGAAUGAGAAAGAGAGAGUUAUCAACCUGGGCUCACUGGUAGGGAAGCUGACCACUGGGUCAGGGACCAUCACAGGAUUCAAGGAGGACAAGAGAAAUCGAAUUACUCCAGUGAUGUACCUGAAUUAUGGCCCCUUCAGCUCCUAUGGCCCACAGUAUGACUCCACAUUUGCCAAUAUGUCCAAAGAGGAGUCGGACUUGUUACUUUCUACCUAUGCCGAUGAAACAGGGGUGCAGUAUGCUAAAAGUAUCGGCUCUUUUGUGGAGAAUUCUGGUGAAUUUGCUGUUGCCAUGGUGGAUCAUUUGUUGGACAUUCUUACAAAGGGAGAGCACUCUAAAGCAAAACAGCAGUUGGGAGAAAUUCGUGCUGCUGAGGAGGAGAAGAGCACCGAGGCCUCAGGGUCCACAGAAUCUCAGUCCAGCUCGGACACCAAACCAGUCAAUAUUGACAUCAACUCACUGAAGAGUCUGGGAGAUCUCGGGGUGGACGUGUCUUUCCUGGAAGACUUUGAGAAGAUAACCUCACAACCUAAGAAGGACCCAGUUCAGGAGAGACUGGACCAGACGGCCAGUCUGAUAAACGACCUACAGGCCACUCAGAAGGAACGCCUCAGUGCCAAGCUCCCCACUCAUCUGGCCCACGUACCAGGGCCAUCAGAAAAAGAAAUUCAGCUGGCCCAGAAAGUGACACAAGAACUCAAAGAGUUGGCCAAAGGGGUAUCACCAGCAGAUAUUUCAUCAGUUCAGGGACUAAGGUCAGCCAUGGGCAUUACCCUCCAACCAAUCAAAUCAGAGCCAGUGGAGGAUGCUACUGAGUCUGAAUCAACAACCAAUCAGAACUCACAGAGCACAGACAUUGGUCAUGUGACUAACAACAUCGCAGCAACAACCAAUCAAGCAGACUCUAACAAUGUAGUUUCGGGACCUCAGCUAGAUGAUGAUUCUAUGGACACAGACAUUAGUGAAUUUUUACAAUUUCCCUCACAAUGAUUCAGCUAAGUGACCUAUUCUGUGAAGGUAUUCCCAAGUAACCUGUAUCCACAGCUCCCGAGGUGUAUGGUCAGUCACAAGACUGUGACAACAGCCCACCCUCAGUUAGUGUUGUUCUCAUCUACUGGUGCUCUCAUUACAUCACUUGUGCUUAGAUUUUUUUAUUUAUGUGAAAAUGUGUUGUUUGUCAAUGAAUGUAAACGAAUAGAUUUGAAUUUCAUACAUCAUUACAUUUGAUAAAUCUCUCUAAAAUCUGUAGAGGCAAAAUAAAUGCAUUUAAUGAUGAAAAAAAUUUGAUAUGAUAAAUAUGGUACAAAAAAGAUUGA